CCUCCCCCGCCCCAGUCCCCCCUACUCCCCCGCCCUGGGCCCCGGGGAAACCCCGGCCGAGAAGAGUCCGCCCCCAGAAGCGCGCCGCCGCCGGCCGUCGGGGCCGAGCCGCAGCAGAGCGGCCGUGAGCCCGGGCGGCGGGCGGAAACGCGGGCGCCCUCCCCGCUACGGCCCGCGUGAGGUGAAUUGCUGGAGGCUAUCUACUCUGCUUUCUGCAGUGUCUCUUCAAAUUAUGCUUGAUAAGUACAGUUAUUAUACUUCGCCUGGAUGGAUGAGGCAAUACAUCUGAGUUAGAGAUCAGGUCAGACUUGUUACUUAUAUGUGACGCCAUUCCAGCACUGGACUCAUGGAGGCUGAACAUUUAUUCAGGAGUCCAUAGAGGCUGCUGUAUUCUAUUGAAGAAGAUGUCUAACAGUAACACUACUCAAGAGACCCUGGAAAUAAUGAAAGAAUCGGAAAAAAAACUGGUGGAAGAAUCUGUAAACAAAAACAAGUUGAUAUCUAAGACUCCAAGCAAGGAAGAAAUUGAGAAAGAGAGUGAAGAUACCAGUUUGCGUCAGGAGACACAGGAUUUUGAGUUCCUUUUUGACAAGAGGCGGACAUCCAACCACGGUCAUGCCAGGAAAAGAGCCAAGUCUAAUUCCAAGCUGAAGUUGGUGCGCAGCCUUGCAGUGUGUGAGGAGUCCUCUGCCCCGUUUGCUGACGGGCCACCAGAAACCCAGGAUAUAAUUCAGUUGCACAUCAGCUGCCCCUCUGACAAGGAGGAAGAAAAGUCCACAAAGGAUGUCUCUGAAAAGGAAGACAAGGACAAAAACAGAGAAAAGGUCCCAAGGAAGAUGCUGUCUAGAGACUCCAGCCAAGAAUAUACAGACUCCACUGGAAUAGACCUACAUGAAUUUCUUGUAAAUACACUGAAAAAGAACCCAAGGGACAGAAUGAUGCUGCUAAAAUUAGAACAGGAGAUUCUGGACUUUAUUAAUGACAACAACAACCAGUUCAAGAAGUUCCCUCAGAUGACCUCAUAUCACCGGAUGCUAUUACAUCGGGUAGCUGCCUAUUUUGGGAUGGACCACAAUGUUGAUCAAACUGGAAAAGCUGUCAUCAUCAACAAAACCAGUAACACAAGAAUCCCUGAACAGAGAUUCUCAGAACAUAUAAAGGAUGAGAAGAAUACAGAAUUUCAGCAGAGAUUCAUUCUCAAGAGAGAUGAUGCCAGUAUGGACCGAGAUGAUAACCAGAUCAGAGUUCCAUUGCAGGAUGGAAGGAGGAGCAAGUCAAUAGAAGAGAGAGAGGAGGAAUAUCAAAGGGUCCGAGAGAGAAUAUUUGCCCGAGAGACUGGCCAGAACGGAUAUCUAAAUGACAUCAGACUCUCCAAAGAAGCCUUUUCUUCUAGCUCUCACAAGAGAAGGCAAAUUUUUAGGGGGAACCGUGAGGGGCUGAGCCGCACCUCAAGCAGCCGCCAGAGCAGCACAGACAGCGAACUCAAAUCCCUGGAGCCACGGCCUUGGAGCAGCACGGACUCUGAUGGCUCUGUCCGGAGCAUGCGGCCCCCUGUCACCAAAGCCAGCAGCUUCAGUGGUAUCUCUAUCCUCACCCGAGGUGACAGCAUCGGGAGCAGUAAAGGUGGCAGUGCAGGAAGGAUCUCCAGGCCAGGUAUGGCGCUAGGUGCCCCAGAAGUGUGCAACCAGGUCACCUCAUCCCAGUCUGUCCGGGGCCUUCUCCCUUGUACUGCCCAGCAGCAGCAGCCGCAGCAGCAACUUCCUGCUCUCCCACCCACGCCUCAGCAACAGCCACCCUUGAAUAAUCACAUGAUCUCACAGCCAGUCCCAGCUCUGCAGCCCUCUCCGCAGCCUGUUCAGUUCUCUCCAGGCUCCUGUCCCCAAGUCCUUCUGCCAGUCUCUCCACCCCAGCAGUACAACAUGACAGAUGAUCUCAGCAACCCCUUUGGACAAAUGAGCCUUAGCCGCCAAGGUUCUACCGAAGCAGCUGACCCAUCCUCAGCUCUGUUCCAGCCCCCACUUAUCUCCCAGCACCCUCAGCAGACUAGCUUCAUCAUGGCUUCUACAGGACAGCCCCUCCCUACUUCCAGCUAUUCCACCUCUAACCAUGCACCACCUACUCAGCAAGUCCUGCCACCCCAGGGCUACAUGCAGCCCCCCCAGCAGAUCCAGGUUUCUUACUAUCCCCCUGGACAGUAUCCUAACUCCAACCAGCAAUAUCGACCUCUCUCUCACCCGGUGGCCUACAGCCCCCAACGUGGUCAACAGCUGCCUCAGCCAUCCCAGCAACCUGGUUUACAGCCCAUGAUGCCUAACCAGCAGCAGGCGGCUUACCAAGGCAUGAUUGGGGUCCAGCAGCCACAGAACCAGGGCCUGCUCAGCAGCCAGAGGAGCAGCAUGGGGGGCCAGAUGCAAGGCCUGGUGGUUCAGUACACUCCACUGCCUUCUUACCAAGUCCCAGUGGGUAAUGACUCGCAAAAUGUGGUCCAGCCGCCUUUCCAGCAACCCAUGCUGGUCACUGCGAGCCAAUCUGUGCAAGGGGGCCUCCCAGCAGGGGGCGUACCAGUGUAUUACAGCAUGAUCCCUCCAGCUCAGCAGAACGGUACAAGCCCUUCUGUGGGGUUUCUGCAACCUCCUGGCUCUGAGCAGUACCAGAUGCCUCAGUCUCCCUCUCCCUGCAGUCCACCACAGAUGCCACAGCAGUACUCAGAACAACCAGAGAUCGCUGACUUAUCUGCAGCCAUUACCAGAAAAGCCGGCACGUGCCUGCAGCCCUGGCCCAAGCCCCAGACUGGGACCUGUACCAUGCCCAGACAGUUGAGCAGUCUGACCCAGGCAUUUGGAGUGUCACCUUCUGGACCAGGUGUGGUGGUCAUGCAGCUGAAUGUCCCUAAUGGACCCCAGCCCCCCCAGAACCCAUCCAUGGUCCAGUGGAGUCACUGUAAAUAUUACAGCAUGGACCAGCGGGGGCAGAAACCUGGAGACCUGUACAGUCCUGACAGUAGCCCCCAGGCCAACACACAAAUGAGCAGCAGCCCCGUCACAUCUCCUACUCAGUCUCCAGCACCCUCUCCUGUCACCAGCCUCAGCAACGUCUGCACAGGACUCAGUCCCCUUCCUGUCCUCACACAGUUCCCCCGUCCUGGGGGUCCAGCACAGGGUGAUGGUCACUACUCCCUCUUGGGCCAGCCAUUACAGUACAAUCUGUCCAUCUGCCCUCCCUUGCUCCAUGGCCAGUCAACUUACACGGUGCACCAGGGACAGAGUGGAUUGAAGCAUGGAAACCGGAGCAAGAGACAAGCACUCAAAUCUGCCUCCACUGACCUGGGGACAACAGACGUUGUCCUGGGACGGGUGCUGGAGGUGACAGAUCUCCCUGAGGGCAUCACCCGUACCGAGGCGGACAAACUCUUCACUCAGCUUGCCAUGUCCGGCGCCAAGAUCCAGUGGCUCAAGGAUGCUCAGGGGCUGCCUGGUGGGGGUGGGGGGGACAACGGUGGGACUGCUGAGAAUGGCCGCCACUCGGACCUCGCUGCCUUGUACACCAUCGUGGCUGUGUUCCCCAGCCCUCUGGCUGCCCAAAAUGCCUCCCUUCGCCUCAACAACUCUGUGAGUCGCUUCAAACUUCGAGUGGCCAAAAAGAACUAUGACCUGAGGAUCCUGGAGCGAGCCAGCUCCCAAUAAAUGGAGGAGAAGAAGGGACCAGCAUGGCAGGGGUGGGGCAGGGUAGAGGGGGUCAAGGGGUCCUGUCAGACCACAGACAGAGGCAGAAGGUAAGGUAAAGUCCACAGACAGACACUAAACUGGAGCCUAAGAGAGUAGAGAUGAAGAUGGAAACAGAGACACUCACACUGGCACUGGACUCUUUCUCACUCCCCUGCCAAGGGUCCCUCGUUUUCCCUGGUUGGCCCCAUGUCUGCUUCCCUCUCUUUCCCAUCCUCUUCUAUGAUUUUUUAUCUCUUCUCUCACCAUGAAAUUAAUUCUUUCAUAUUUUUUGGUCAGGUAGAAUUGGGAGGGUCCCACACUCCCAUGUUCUCCUAUUUCCUUACCAUCCCAAGCUCCCUUUUCUUUUUUUGGUCUUUAUGAAUAUAUUUAUAUGGACAGAAUUAAGAAAAAAUGAAAUUGAUUUCCCCUUUCUCCCACCCCAUCUUAUCUCCCCAAACCCCACAGAGUUAAAACUUGGGCCUCCCUCCACCCCCCAGAAUACUUGUAUAUUGUUUGUUUGAGGUUUGUGCUGCAGUAACAGACACAGUAUUUAAUUGCACAUACAGAUGUUUGCUGGGUAUAUUCACUGUAAAUUUUAUUUAAUCUGAUUUUUUGUUUGUUGGGGGGUUCUUCGAGGGGGGUUGAUUUUGUUUUUAAAUAUAAAAAAAAAAUCUGUCACUGGA